GUGACUUUGAAACAAAUUCGCGAAUUGUGAGACGCAGAAGAGCAGAAGGGUAGAUUGCGCUAUGGCUAAAGUUCGCAGAAGUGUAGUCCUAUUUUGUAUAUUUUUGACCACCCUGAGCACCGUAUCGACAAACUCUGUUCCUUCUUCCAUGGGAAUUCAGUACCAAUCCUACCAACCCCAACCCCCCGUCGCCAAACCCAAACAAACCAUCCAGCAAUUCCAAGUCGCCGUCGUCCUCCCCCCCGGCGCAAAACCCCCCCAAGGUAACCAACCCCCAGGGGGUCCCUCCAACCCCGACUUCAUCUGGCUCCAAAUACCAGCUUCGUACUUCACCUCCCAGUCGCCGCCUCUCUCGCCCGACCAACUGGCAACCCGGCCACCCCCAGCAGGACCCGACACAUUCAUGACCUUCAGACCCCCAGCGGCGCCCAUCUCACCCGACAACCUCAUCAUACAGAGACCACCUCCAGCCGCCGCCGGACCCGACACAGUCAUGAAACCCAAACCUCCACCACUAUCACUCUUCGAACCACCACGACCUGCGACCACCGGUGCUCCAGUUGAAGUCCUGCUGCGGAAAUGUUUGGCGCCAAGAGGUCAAUUUCCAAGUGAUUCCUGCAACAAGUACGUGAACUGCUGGGAUGGCGUGGCUGUGGAGCAGUUCUGUCCAGAGAGUCUGGUGUUUAAUCCUAAGGGAUACUGCGAUUAUGCGUAUAAUGUGGACUGCGGAGGAAAGCCAAUAGAAGCCAUCCCGCCUCCUCCAACGCCCAUCGAUACUACGACGGCUACACCAGGUCAGGUUUCUUCCCAGGCACCCACAACUGUCACAACUGCGGCUCCUCCUACAGUGAUUGUCACGUUACCUACAAUUGAUCCUACUCUGCGUAAGAAGUGUCUCAAACCUAGAGGUCAGUUCCGGAGUAACGCUUGCAAUAAGUAUGUCAACUGUUGGGACGACGUCGUCCUUGAACAGGAAUGUCCUGAAGGACUACUUUUCUCAAAUAAAGGCUACUGUGAUUUUCCUAGUAAUGUUGACUGUCAAAAUCUGGCGGUUCCAGCAAGGAAUGGAAUAACAAUGGAUGAGGAGUGUCCUAUAGCUUUUGGUACUUUCAGGGAUAAGGCGAACUGUUCUCACUAUUUUACGUGUAUUGGUGGGAAAGUGGUUGCCAAUUAUAAUUGUCCUGAGGGAUUUAGCUUUAAUGAUAAUAUAGGAGUGUGUGAUUAUGCUGACCGAGUGGAUUGUAGCAAAGAACCGUUGAUAUUUAGUCCAAGGGCGAACUUUUUGUCGAAUGUUCCCAAAGAUUUUAUGGAAAAAAUAGACGGCUGUAAGCCCGGCUCCGUGUUUCCCCUCAACCCACAAUGCACGGCUGCGUGCCUGUGUCACGACGGUGGAUCCGAAGUAGUCCAGUGUCCACUAGGUCUAUCCUACGACACCCACAGCGACAAGUGUUUACAACCGCAUCUCGCAAAAUGCUAAACCAACUAGAAAACCGCCUACAACCUAGACUCUCUAUAUUUAUUUAAUUUAUUCCUACUUGAACUUUUUCGGCUUGUGAUCUCAUUCCAAAAAGAAUGGAAUGUAUGGGAUGGUGGAGGUACUUUUUUCAUUUCAUUCUUAUGUUAAAAAUAUAAGUUAAUUAUAAGAAUCCA